UUGUACAUCUAACGUGGCGCUGAACUCAAACUUUGGCGACAAGAAUGAAAAUGUGUGUGUACCGGGCACCGGCGCCAGUUGGUAGACAAAGUGCGAUAAAACCAUUAAGAUAAUAGGCAGGCGGGCAGUGAGCUCCUGGCCCCCGCAUGGGACGGACCCCGGCCGCCUGCUGCUGCCGUCCUGCACUCCUUCAGUUCGUGGCUGCCGAGGCCAGUGAGUGCCGCUGCUGCCUGGGCACUGACGGACAUUAGACGGAAAUUGUGUUGGCAGUGGCGGCGGUGGCGGCGGGGUGAGUGAAGCCCUAUCUAUGCCUCGUGGAGCUUGAGUGUCGUGACCACCAUAACUAUGGCCAGUGACUCUGACCUCGGCGGGGGGCCGCUGGGGGGCAGUGCCGCCGAAGGCUCUCUGGGUCCCCCGACAUUAUACCCUCGUGUCGUGUACGAUCCCCACCGUCUGUACGACCUGCGGCCUCACCUCAGCCAGACGGACGCCACGAAGUUCCUGACGGACCGACUGUUCGACAAGCCCAUGAUGGAGCGCUGCAUGGAGCGCCCCGUCGCUGAGCGUUACCUGACGGACCGCCCGUACUCGGACCGUCACUACCUGGACCGAUCUUUUCUGGAGCGACUGGGGCUAGACCGGCAGGAGCCGCCGGAUAGGACACUUCCGCAGGACAUGCGGGAGGGUGGCACGUUGGACCGCUCGGUGCUGGAGCGUUCCCUGCUGGAGAGGUCAGCACUGGAAAGACAGGUACAGGAGCGGGCACAGGCAGCGCGGGCAUUGUUUGACCGUCAGGUGCAACAACAGCAGGCACAAUUGUCUAUCUUAACAGACCACCAGACGCCGUCACCGCCCCCGCUGCCGCUGGACCACUGCCGAGAAGAAGUGCGCCUUAGUGGACCUUCUGACGACUCUUCUGACCACGGUAUGAUGGUGGACGACGCUACAGGGCCGCAACACCAUCAGGAUACCGAUGCAGGAGACAUGCCGUGCGAGGGAGCAGGGGGCAGCGAGCAAGGAGGGGAAGAGACUCCGCCUUUAGAAGAAAGAGAAGUGUCGUUAGGACCCCCUGAAGAAUCCACCCUCACCAGAGAGGCAGAUAGCUCUCCUCCACCGUCAUUAGUGGGGGAGGGCCGCGAUAAGAGCGAAAAGGGAGGAGAGGAAGAUAAAGAUGGUGACAAACAGGGCGGGCUGGUGAAGCCUCCGUACUCGUACAUCGCGCUCAUCACGAUGUCCAUCCUGCAGGCGCCCAAGAAGCGCGUCACGCUGAGCGAGAUCUGUGAGUUCAUCAUCAACAGGUUCCCUUACUACAAGGCAAAGUUCCCCGCCUGGCAAAACUCCAUCCGUCACAACCUGUCGCUCAACGACUGCUUCGUGAAGGUGCCGCGCGAGCCCGGCAACCCCGGCAAGGGCAACUACUGGACCCUGGACCCCGGGGCCAUCGACAUGUUCGACAACGGAUCCUUCCUCCGCCGCCGCAAGCGGUACAAGCGACAACCUGCACCAGAUUAUCUGAAUGAUCCACACAUGUUUUCGCUUUUUACUUCCGGCAUGCUGGACCCUUUCCAGCAGCAGCAACUACAGCAGGCGGCAGCACUUCUAGGCAGCCAUCACCCCUUCCUGCAGCGGCCGCCGAUUCCUCACACACUGCUGCCGCCGCCCCCCUACAUACCCCACCUAGGUGGCAUUCCCUUGGGCCUCCCUCACCUGGAACUGGCCCGCCAGGUACGCCCGAUGUUACCUUUACAAGGAGGUAACACGCCCCUUCUUCACCCCACGCCCGUCAAGCCCCUAGCGGUGCCAGCGAGCCUCGCCCACCCAGGCUUACAGGGUCCCAUCAAGUCUCCCUGCGGCGCGCAGCUGCAACCUCCGUCUUCACCACCCUCCCCAUCGGGCCACACUCAGCCCCUCGCGCCGCGGACACACAAGCCCUUCACCAUCGACUCGCUCAUCGGCCGUGAUGAUGGCAAGAUUGGGGUCGGGGAUGGGGGCAGUGACCCACGCUCCCUCAGUCCACCCCUCUCCUCACCGCAGGGACUCCCCACCCUUCCCUCGUCGCCCUUCCACACCCUGAGUCGAGUUCCUGUCUCCCUCCAGUCUUCCGUCAGUUCGGCAUCGUCAGCGGGGACCCUCUCCGGCAUGGAACCGGAGCACCGGACCUUCCUGCACACCGCCCUCCUUCACUCCAUGGCGCAGUGAGGCGCCAUGGACCCUCUGCCGCACAUCGCCGAAACACUUGCCAGUCCUCCACGCCCAGCAUCGCACCAUCACCUCCUGACUGGCGGGGAUAACACGUGAGAACCAGCACCAGUUCUCGCGCCCUCUGCCCGGUCCCGCCCAGUCUAGUACUGCCCCGCCCUGCCCUGCUCCGCCCUGACCCAUCCUUCAUUCUUCUCGCUGUCUCGCUACUAAAUCUUCAACACUACAACAAUUAAGUCGCUCAGAAUAACAUGCAUUAGGCAGCGCUGGGUGGGUGCGCCGCACCUAGCUCCGCGCCCCGCCGCGCCCCCAUGGUCCCUGAAUCCCGACCCUCGCACUGUGGCAACCAAAGUACUACAAACAUUCAGCCGCCGACACAGUUGGUUGGCUUCUCUGAAAUUUAUGUUUAUUUUGUACAAAACAGGUUUCAUAUAGCUGAGGGCCUCCGGACCACUUUGAUAAAUGUAGAGUGUAAUUAAUAUUAUUGAUAUUAUUUAUUUAUAGAAGUUAAGGGCAUGGUACCUCGGGAGCUCCUAGGAAGUGUGGAGUGUAAAUAUGUGUUUGUUUUGUGUGUCAGUGUAUUUUUUCGCCAGGCGAGGAGCCGCGGCACCAUGCACGGAUUCUGAACUCCUCUGCACAAAUGACCGUGCUGUCACGCACUGUACAGACUGACGUGCACAUGUAUGUGUUUCCCUUACCAUGCAGUGUGACGGAAAACUCGCGCCGCAUUACAAAGAUUUACUUCUGUACUGAGGAUGGAAUGAGCGGAUGUACAUUCCACGGAGCUCUGGGGAGGGGGAGGACCCGACAGCGGCUGCGCCCGCCUCUACACGCAAACACGCACACACACACACACACACACACACACACACACACACACACACACACACACACACACACACACACACACACACA